AUGCCUUCCGUUUCCGAUGAAGAACUGGCGCAGCUCAGCGUCCGCCAAUUGAAUCAACGACUACAGGGCCACGAUCGCCAGGUGGUCUCCUAUCUGAAGCACAAGCGGAGGACAAUCAAGAAUCGAGGCUAUGCCUUGAAUUGUCGCGUUCGACGCAUUCAGAAUCAGCUGCAACUGGAGGCUGAUAAUCUGUUGCUCAGGGAUCAGAUUCGCUACCUGAAGCAGACGGUGGCCAGUCUGCAGGGGCGGCUUCAGUACUACGAGCCCACACAAUCGACAUGUCCAAGCCUUCUCCAAGCCGCCUAUAUUCCGCCCCUUUCCUAUACCAUGCUCCCCUCUACAUUGCCA